AUGGCUCCAACUCCUACUGGACACUCCCAUAGGAGUACAACAAAAACAACUCAUAAAGCAUUCAAAUCAAGAAAAGCUUCGAAAGGUGCAUUGAAGGAAUUGUCAAAAGGCAAGGUCCAAGAUUUAAGUCAUCGAAAAUCUCCUCACCAGCAACUAAUGUCAAAAUUUGACCGUCGGAAUCAAGCCCGCCAAAAGCAAAAUACAAAACAUAAGGAACAUCAAAGGGAUUUGAAUGUUUUUCAAGGUCGCGAUGGCGCACCAAGAAUUGUCGCUCUCGUUCCACUAUGCGAUGACGCAAAUGCUGCAGCCGCAGUACGAAGUUUAACAGGUAGUUUGGACGUUGAGAUUGAUGUGCCAGAAGAAGGAAUUAUCCGUGCCGAUAUCGACAGAUUCAAGCAGAAAGUUCAAUACGUUAUUACCAAGAAGGAGUUAUUCAGCUGCAUGAAUGCCAGUAGAGUGGCAGACUUUGUAGUUUUCAUCAUGUCAGCAGAACAAGAAGUGGAUGAGUUAGGGGAACUCAUUAUCCGCAGUGUUGAAAGCCAAGGAUUGUCGACUACUUUGACAGUCGUUCAAGGACUGGAUAAAAUUGAGCCACCCAAACUGAGAUCAGGGGUUCUUUCUUCACUCAAAUCCUACGUUCAGCAUUUUCAUCCAGAUCAAGAAAAGGUGCACAACCUAGACUCGAGGCAAGAAUGUGCCAAUCUCAUGAGAUCAUUGUGCACAUUGGCCCCGAAAGGAAUUCGAUGGAGAGAAGAAAGAAGUUGGAUGCUUAUUGAUGAAGUUCAAUGGCCAACGAACGAACAGGAAAAUGUGGUACUGACUGGUUUUGUCAGAGGCAAGGGAUUGAAAGCAGAUAGAUUAAUCUCAGUUGGCGACUGGGGCGAUUUCCAGAUCGAGAAGAUAACGGCUGCACCAUUGGCCUCCAAAAAGAGACGCACGGAUGAAAUGGCUACGGAUGAAUCUAAUAAUGAGAUCAUCCUUGAAACACCAGGUGAAGAUCGGGAUGAUCUUGCAGAACUUGCACCUGAGGAGGUGAUUAUGGAGGACGAUGAGGAUGCCACCAUGUCGGUAGCCCCAACGGAAAAGCGGGGAGUACUUCUUGAUGAUCACCACUACUUCUCUGAUGAUGAGACACAUCUACCGGCUGUACCAAAACGACUUCCCAAAGGUACUUCCAACUAUCAAUCAGCAUGGUUCCUCGGAGACCAUUUCUCGGAUUCGGGCUCUGAUAUGGAAGACUUUGAAGAAGAAAUGACGAUGGAUACUCCAGCCCUCCCUCAAGACGGAGCCGAAGGGUUUGCGCCAAGAGAGCCUACAGAAGCUGCGCCAUCAGAAUACCCACAAUCAGAAAUGUUUUUGGACCCUAAUCCAGAUGAUGAAGCCGAGGCGGAACAACUAGCCGCGUUCAGAGGCCGUAAAACGGACGAGGCAGCAGAAGAUCGUGAAUUUCCGGAUGAAAUCGAGCUUCACCCGAAUGUUUUAGCACGUGAACGUCUUGCUAAAUUUCGUGGUCUAAAGAGUCUGCGCACUAGUCCAUGGGAGGAAGCUGAAGACAGAGCAUAUGAGCCAGAAGAUUGGAGACGUCUACUUCAAGUGUCUGACUACAAAUCAUCUCGUAGUCAAGUCACUCGUGAGGCCUUGGUCGGUGGAGUAGCUGCAGGAACUCGAGUUCAUAUUCACCUUCGCAACGUACCCACUUCGUUGCAAUCAACGUACAAUGCUUCUCAGCCUCUAAGCGCAUUCUCACUCCUCCGUCACGAGCACAAACGGGCUGUUUUAAACAUCAACUUCACUCUCAGCUCAGACUAUCCAUCGCCCAUCAAAUCCAAGGACGAGAUGAUUGUGCAGUGCGGACCUCGCCGCUUCGUUGUCAACCCCCUUUUCUCUCAAGGUGGCAACACUCCUAAUGACGUUCACAAAUUUGAUCGAUUCCUUCACCCUGGUCAAUCGACUGUCGCCUCCUUUAUCGGUCCCCUUUCAUGGGGCUCCAUACCAACUGUUUUCUUCAAAAGACCUUCUGAGACUGCACCAUCUUCCGCACCUCUUCUUUUAAUUGGUACUGGCACAUCAUUGCCACCUUCUACCUCUCGAAUUAUUGCUAAACGUAUCAUUUUAACUGGACACCCUUACAAAAUUCACAAGAGACUCGUUACUGUCCGCUACAUGUUCUUUAAUCGUGAAGAUGUCGAAUGGUUCAAAGCACUUCAAUUGUGGACUAAGAGAGGAAGAAGUGGCUUCAUCAAGGAGAGCUUGGGUACCCAUGGAUAUUUCAAGGCUACAUUCGAUGGCAAGAUCAAUCCUCAAGAUGCUGUGGGAGUUAGUUUGUACAAGAGAAUGUGGCCAAGAAGUGCGAGGACUUGGGACCCCAUCUCGGAUGGACUUUCGGAGGAUUUGGCAGGGGACAAGGACGUCGCCAUGGAAUAA